UAUUGUGUGGGGUACAUUACGACAAGCCGGGUACAACUCUGUCCUUUUCGGAAUUUGGAGCAGGAGGGGGGGGUUGUGUUCAGAAGUAUAACGGAGACCACUUAAAACAGAGAAGCAACUACAACAAAAAUAUAUACUGAAAAGGGAAUUAAAACAGGAAGAUGCCUGCAAAUAAAGACGGUGAUGGGGGAUGGAAGUCGUUUCUCUGGAAUUCAGAAAGGAGGGAAUUUUUGGGACGCACUGGAGGCAGUUGGUUUAAGAUCCUGGUGUUUUACAUCAUCUUCUACGGCUGCUUGGCGGGAAUAUUCAUCGGUACCAUCCAGGCCCUGCUGCUGACCCUGAGCAACUACAAACCCACAUACCAGGACCGAGUGGCCCCCCCAGGUUUAUCACACACGCCACUUUCAGAGAAAUCGGAAUUCGUCUUCAACAUGCACGAGAUUGAGACCUACAUGAAGUACACCAAAGGGCUGAAGGACUUUCUGGAGAUGUACGAUGACGACGCCCAGCUGGACCAGAUGAAGUAUGAAGACUGCGGAGACACCCCCGGAGGAUACAGGAACAGGGGAGACUUGGAAAGUGAGGUGGGGAUCAGGAAGGCCUGCCGGUUCAAGAGAUCGUGGCUGAUGGAGUGCUCCGGUGUGCAAGACCGGACAUUUGGCUUCAAAGACGGAAAGCCCUGCAUGAUCAUCAAGCUGAACAGGCUGGUCAACUUCAGACCAAGGCCUCCUACUUCCAAUGAAUCCAUCCCUGAAGAUGCCCAGGCCAAGGUCCAGCCCAACGUGAUCCCCAUCCACUGCACCAACAAGAGACCAGAGGACGCCGGGAAGAUUCAUGAAAUAAAAUACUUUGGCAUCGGCGCUGGAUUCCCCCUGCAGUACUACCCCUACUACGGCAAGCUGCUGCAGCCACAAUACCUCCAGCCCCUGGUAGCCAUCCAGCUGGCCAACGUCACCAUGAACACGGAGCUGCGUAUCGAGUGCAAAGUCUACGGCGAGAACAUUGGUUACAGCGAAAAGGACCGUUACCAGGGACGCUUUGACAUCAAGAUCAGCAUCAGCAAUUCAUGACCUCAGCUAUGGAAGUAGCACUUUCUCUCUCUCUCCCCCAUUUCAGUAAUUUAGAGAAGAAAAAAAAAAUGGAAAUAAAAAAUUUAAGUAAAAAAAAAAACAAAAAAAAAAACACACACACACAACUUGUCUUGAAGAAACUUGUCAUAACGUAACGGGACCUACACUUCACCGGUAUGCUUUACACGAGCUUUUCUGCGUUUAUCUAGGGUUAGAAUGUAAAUUACAGAGAGAGUAGCAAUAGCAUAAAGUAUUUAUUCUACUGUAAAUGAGAAUAUUCCUCAAGCCAUGGGACGUCUUCAUUUAUUACUGUAAAUUAUAAUUCCACUACCGGUGUAGCGAGCAGUGUUUCUGUCCCCUAAGUAUUGCUGCCUUGUGUGGUUUAUAUAUAUUUUUGGAGUGUACAGUACAGUAGUCGCAUACAAGGGUCCUUCCCAAACCAUGUUGUAAUUCCUGUUUUCUUACAUGAGCAAGCUUUAGCGGUCCAAAGUGUGUGUGUGUGUGUGUGUGCAUACGUGCAUGUUCGUUUGCAUGUGCAUGUGUGUGUGUGUGGGUGGGGGUGUGCGUACACACAGACGUGCACACAGAUACACGCACACGCACGCAUACACAAGAUGUAUACAUACUACGUGAAAGUCCUGUCAUGGUACGCUCUGAUUGCCUCAAGGUCUGUGUGUGAGGAAAAUGGCGGCUGCACUCCGUGAAACUCUUUACCUUCUCUGUGUGUCUUUUAAAGUCGAUGAUUGUGGGAGACAAAAUUUUUACAUCACUUGUUCUCUUUUUUUUUUUUUUUUGAUCACUUUUAAAUGUGGGAUAAGGGGUUUACUACAACUUUCUGUUUGAGGCUUUCCCUUCCUUUUAUGCUUAAGUACAACGUAGAGUUGCGUGUCCAGCCAGUAACCUGUUAUCCAACUGGUAAUGGUGUUCACUCAGUGCUUUUAAAAAAAACCAAUUGUUUUGCUGGAGACAUCACAUGAUGUGGUGUAACUUCCUAAUGAAUGUUUUAGCCAUUUUCAUGGUCGAAGAAUUUUAUAUUUAUGCAGUUGUACAUUUUUUUUUUCUGCAGGAAAAAGUGUAAUGUAUAAAUACAAUACCAAAGUCACUGGUCAAAGGUUAGAAUCUUAUCAAAAGCAAUGCAGUGCCCUGUGUAAUAGGAUGUUUUGUUGGUGUUAAAAGUGCAAAAGUCAAUGUUAAACAUCAGUAAACUUAUCAGGAGUUCAACUACUCAUCAUUUAUUUAAUCCGGGUAAGACUUAAACAAAAAUAAAAUUGAGAAACUACA